ACAAUGGGAGUGCCAGCUACAACCUCCACAGCAACAAGAGGCAGCAGCACAGCCUUCACAGCAGGUUCUACAGAAAUUGGGCCUGACUUGACAAUUGCACCAGGAACUAUCCCUAUUGAAACUUCUGGCAGUGUCACAAGCAAAGCCCUGGAAACUGGAGCUUACAUCACAGAUGCCACAACUGCUACAGGGACCACCAGUGCAGUGCUAUCUAGAGUGACCACCAUCAUUUUCACUGAAAUCAGAACUACUUCAGAAGUUUCCACCACAGAGGCCACAACUUUAGCAGGAGGCAGCAGCACUCCUGGAAGUGGGUCCAGACCAGGUACCACCACAACACCAGGAAGCCAUGCAACUGGGAUUCUGACAGAGGCUACAACUUCCACAGAAGGGCCUGGUACUACUGAGACUGGACUGAAAACAGGCACCUCUGGGGUAGAUUCCAGCACAACUGCCCCUGGAAGUUCUGGCACUGCAGCCACAACUUCCCCUGGAGAAAACAGAACAACUAGAGUUCGAACCACUGCAGGAACUUCUAGAGUAGCCUCUGCUACAACAGCCACCGCUACAAGGAAUUCUGCUACAACAACCUCUCUUUCAACAGCUGCCCAUGAGGACACCAACUCAGGAGUUACAGCAUCCUCUAGAGGUGGUACAACCAAAGAAGGUGGAAUGAAUACUGGCACCACUGGGACAGUCUCUGGGACAACAGUUGCAUCUGAAAGUUCCAACACAGAAGCUACAGCUUCCACAGAAAUCAGAGCUACUACUGAAGUUGGAAGGGCAACUGGUCCCACUGGGACUACAGCCUCACCUGGAAGUUACCACACAGAGGCCACGACUUCUAAGGAAGAUGUUGAAACCACCAAUGCAGAAAUUUCAUCAGGCACUCCUGGGAGAGCAGCUGGGACAACUGGUAUCCCUGGAAGUUCAAACACAGGAACCACUGUGAUACUGAGCAGAAUCCCUGGGACAUCAGCAAGUCCCCACUCAGGUACUUCCAAGGACAGAGCUGAAACAACCACUGCUCCUGGGAUUACUACCACAGGAUGUUCAGCAACACUUCCACCAGCUCCAGUUUGUCAUGGUCCACUGGGAGAAGAGAAAUCUCCUGGAGACACUUGGACUUCUAAUUGCUACCAGUGUAUCUGUACUGAUGCAAAGGCUGUAGACUGUCAACCGAAGGAAUGUCCCUCUCCACCCACAUGCAAAACUGGAGAAAAGCUUGUCCUGUUUAAAUCUAAUGGCACCUGCUGUGAUAUUGGACUCUGUGAACCAAGGACAUGCUUAUAUAAUAACACUGACUAUGAGAUUGGUGCUUCAUUCGAUGACCCCAGCAACCCGUGUGUCUCCUACUCCUGUAGUAGUGCUGGCUUAGCUGCAGUUGUUCAGAACUGCCCGAAACAGACCUGGUGUGCAGAAAAAGAAAGAAUCUAUGACUCAAACAAAUGUUGCUAUAAAUGUAACAACAACUGCAGAGCUUCUCCUGUGAAUGUGACUGUGAACUACAACAACUGCAAGAAAAAAGUUGUGAUGGCGAGAUGUGUAGGGGAGUGUAAAAAGACUGUCCAGUACAAUUAUGAUCUGUUUCAGUUGGAAAAUUCAUGCCUUUGCUGCCGAGAAGAAAACUAUGAGUACAGAGACAUUACCCUGGAUUGCCCGGAUGGCAGCACACUGUCUUACAGAUACAGACACACCACAACCUGCUCCUGUGCUGACCUGUGCGAAAAUUCAAAAACCUCCGUGACCCGUUAAUUCUAACACCACCUUUCUAUCUUCAUCUAGAUGAUGAAACCACCUUUCUAGUUGUAUUUAUUUUAUGAGUGAAGAAAAAGUCAUGAAGGAGUAAGAGUAACGCUUGUAUCUUACCCAGAGCAUGAGUACGUGUAAUGAGACAUUUGUUUCUCUUGUUGAGUGGCUCUGAAAAAAUAAAUACAAUGUU